AUAGCAUGGCAUGAGACAUGGCUCAGUUCUACUACAAAAGAAACGUGAAUGCCCCUUAUCGAGACCGCAUUCCUCUAAGGAUAGUCCGAGCAGAAUCUGAACUUUCUCCCUCAGAAAAAUCCUACCUGAACGCAGUGGAAAAGGGAGACUAUGCAAGCGUGAAGAAGUCCCUAGAGGAAGCUGAGAUUUAUUUUAAAAUCAAUAUUAACUGCAUUGAUCCUCUUGGAAGAACUGCUCUUCUCAUAGCAAUUGAAAAUGAGAACUUGGAGCUCAUUGAACUGCUCUUAAGCUUCAAUGUCUACGUGGGAGAUGCUUUGCUACAUGCAAUCAGAAAAGAGGUGGUGGGAGCCGUUGAGCUGUUACUGAACCACAAAAAGCCAAGUGGAGAAAAACAGGUACCUCCCAUACUCCUGGAUAAGCAGUUCUCCGAAUUCACACCGGACAUUACACCAAUCAUCUUGGCAGCUCAUACAAAUAAUUACGAGAUAAUAAAACUUUUGGUCCAAAAAGGUGUUUCAGUGCCCCGACCCCAUGAGGUCCGCUGUAAUUGCGUGGAAUGCGUCUCCAGUUCAGACGUGGACAGCCUCCGUCAUUCACGAUCCCGCCUCAAUAUCUACAAGGCCUUGGCCAGUCCCUCUCUCAUCGCCCUGUCCAGUGAAGACCCUUUCCUCACAGCCUUUCAAUUAAGUUGGGAGCUUCAAGAACUGAGCAAGGUGGAAAAUGAGUUCAAGUCCGAGUAUGAGGAGCUGUCCAGACAGUGCAAACAAUUUGCCAAGGAUCUGUUGGAUCAGACAAGAAGCUCCAGAGAACUGGAAAUCAUUCUUAAUUACCGAGAUGACAAUAGUCUGAUUGAAGAACAAAGUGGAAAUGAUCUUGCAAGACUGAAAUUAGCCAUUAAGUACCGUCAAAAAGAGUUCGUGGCCCAGCCCAAUUGUCAACAGCUUCUCGCCUCUCGCUGGUACGAUGAGUUCCCAGGCUGGAGGAGGAGACACUGGGCAGUGAAGAUGGUGACGUGUUUCAUAAUAGGACUGCUUUUCCCCGUCUUCUCUGUGUGCUACCUGAUAGCUCCUAAAAGCCCACUUGGACUGUUCAUCAGAAAGCCAUUUAUCAAGUUUAUCUGCCACACAGCCUCCUAUUUGACCUUUUUGUUCCUGCUGCUGCUUGCCUCUCAGCACAUCGACAGGUCAGACUUGAACAGGCAAGGUCCACCACCAACCAUCGUCGAGUGGAUGAUAUUACCGUGGGUCCUGGGUUUUAUAUGGGGAGAAAUUAAACAGAUGUGGGAUGGUGGCCUUCAAGACUAUAUCCAUGAUUGGUGGAAUCUAAUGGAUUUUGUGAUGAACUCCUUAUAUUUAGCAACAAUUUCUUUGAAGAUCGUUGCAUUUGUAAAGUACAGUGCUCUUAAUCCACGAGAGUCAUGGGACAUGUGGCACCCCACUCUGGUGGCUGAGGCUUUAUUUGCUAUUGCAAAUAUCUUCAGUUCCCUACGUCUGAUCUCAUUGUUCACGGCAAAUUCUCACCUGGGACCUCUACAAAUAUCUCUGGGAAGAAUGCUUCUGGACAUUUUGAAGUUCCUCUUCAUCUACUGCCUUGUGUUGCUAGCAUUUGCAAAUGGCUUGAAUCAAUUGUACUUUUAUUAUGAAGAAACGAAGGGCUUAAGCUGCAAAGGCAUACGGUGUGAAAAACAGAAUAAUGCAUUUUCCACGUUAUUUGAGACACUGCAAUCUCUCUUUUGGUCAGUAUUUGGGCUCAUCAAUUUAUAUGUGACCAAUGUCAAAGCACAGCAUGAAUUCACUGAGUUUGUGGGCGCCACCAUGUUUGGGACAUACAAUGUCAUCUCUCUGGUUGUCUUACUCAAUAUGUUAAUAGCAAUGAUGAACAAUUCUUACCAACUAAUUGCUGACCAUGCAGAUAUAGAAUGGAAAUUUGCACGAACAAAGCUGUGGAUGAGCUACUUUGAAGAAGGAGGUACUCUGCCUACGCCUUUUAAUGUCAUUCCAAGCCCUAAGUCCCUGUGGUACCUGGUCAAAUGGAUAUGGACGCACCUGUGCAAGAAAAAGAUGAGAAGAAAGCCAGAAAGUUUUGGAACAAUAGGGAGGCGAGCUGCUGAUAAUUUGAGAAGACAUCACCAAUAUCAAGAAGUGAUGAGGAACCUGGUGAAGAGAUAUGUUGCUGCCAUGAUUAGAGAUGCUAAAACAGAAGAAGGGCUGACAGAAGAGAAUUUUAAGGAACUAAAGCAAGACAUUUCUAGCUUCCGCUUUGAAGUCCUGGGAUUGUUAAGAGGGAGCAAACUAUCCACCAUCCAAUCCGCCAGCGCCACCAAAGAGUCUUCCAACUCCGCGGACUCGGACGAGAAGAGUGACAGCGAAGGUCACGGUAAGGACAAGAAAAAGAACCUCAGCCUCUUUGACCUGACCACCCUAAUUCAUCCGAGGUCCGCAGCCAUCGCGUCGGAGAGACGCACCAUCAGCAAUGGCUCUGCUCUGGCGGUGCAGGGCCCACCCAGGGAGAAGCAGAGGAAAGUGAAUUUUGUGGCUGAUAUCAAACACUUCGGGUUGUUUCACAGACGCCCCAAACAAUCCACGGCGGAGCCCACGACAAACCCCAUCUUCUCGGUUUCAGAAGAAGUGGCCCGGCAGCAGGCGGCCGCGGGACCCUCUGAGAGUGGCAUCGCGCUGGGAUCGCGGGGCCUCGGGGCCAGGGGGGACCCCAACCUCCCCGGCCUCAGUGAACAGUGUGUGCUAGUGGACCAUAGGGAAAGGAAUUCGGACUCCUUGGGUGUGCAGAUGAGCAAGAGAGUGUGUGCGUUCACGUCCGAGAAAGUCGUGGUGGAGGACACGGUGCCCAUCAUCCCCAAGGAGAAACACGCGAGGGAUGAGGAUGCCAGCCUAGACUACGACUUGCACCUCAAGGACACCGUCAGCCACGAAGACUAUGUGACGACCAGAUUGUGAUGCCCACGGGGC